AUGGUUCUAAGAAUCUCAGCCUACCGACGGAAUUUAACUGAUAUUUACAAGAAAGCUGUGAAAAUCUUUUACUUAAGACACAACGAAGAAUUCCGCGACGAAGAUUUCACUCGUGAAGAAUUUGAAUCGGACGAUUUCCCCCCUGACGUUGAAGAAAAGUUCAAGAAACUGGAAAAAAUAGCAUUUGAAGGAAUUAAAGAUGGAAAGCUAGUCUUUGGAGUAAACGAAGUACGCGGAAUGGAAGGCAGCGCUCUCUUUCACCGCUUACUCGACCGUGAAACUACCGCGUUAAAACGUGAACAACAAUUCUGUUUCAUUCAUUUAACAAUGCAAGAGUUUUUCGCCGCGAGGUACCUGGCAAACAUGAAUGAAACAGAAUUAAGGAACUUUGUUUCAAUGAACAUCGAGGACGGCAAAUGGCAGCUGGUUUUUCAGUUUCUAGCGGGACUAAUGAACGAGAAAGAAAACCUACCGAGCGAAAUCAUCACAGACCUUCUUCCUGUGGAAACUGAAGUGAUAGAAAGCCACGAAGAGUGGACAGAGGAAACGAGGGGAAGGAAAGUAACUAGUUGGCCGACUAAAGAUAAAAGACGUUUAGCAGUGACAUUAUUUAAAUGUGUUAAUGAAAGUAGUGAGAUGAAGGAAAUAGUUCAGAGAAAACUACAACAAAUUAACUUUAAUUUUCUAAAUUUUAUAUAUUUUGGAUUCACACCUGUUGAUUGUGCUUCAGUAGUUACUGUAAUAAGGAAUGUCCAACAAAUUUCACAUUUAGAAUUGGAUAGCCAUGGCUUUGGUCCAUUAGGUUGUCUUGAGAUUUGUAAGCUGUUAAAAUGUAGUAAAUCUCAACUGAGCUGGUUAAACCUCGCAGGAAAUCGCUUGACCGACGAAGGAGCAAAGUAUUUAGCUGAAGCCAUUAACAACAACAACUGUCAGCUACGCACGUUAAACCUCUGGGGAAAUAACAUCUCAGAAAUCGGAGCGCAGCUCUUAGCUAAAGCCAUCAUUAACAACAACUGUCAGCUACAAACGAUAGGCCUGUCAGGUAAUAACAUCACGGCCACCGGAGCACAGUACUUGGCUGAAGCCAUCAACAACGACAACUGUCAGCUACGCACGUUACACCUCUCAGAAAAUAACAUCUCAGACAUUGGAGCACAGCGCUUAGCUAAAGCCAUCAACAACAGCAACUGUCAGCUACGCACGUCAGACCUCUCAAGAAAUAACAUCUCAGACAUUGGAGCACAGCACUUGGCUGAAGCCAUCAACAACAACAACUGUCAGCUACGCACGUUAGACCUCUCAGCAAAUAACAUCUCACACAUUGGAGCACAGCACUUGGCUAAAGCCAUCAACAACAACAACUGUCAGCUUUGCACGUUAUACCUCGCAGGAAAUAACAUCUCAGACAUUGGAGCACAGCACUUGGCUGAAGCCAUCAACAACAACAACUGUCAGUUACGCACGUUAGACCUCUCAGGAAAUAACAUCUCACACAUUGGAGCACAGCACUUGGCUAAAGCCAUCAACAACAACAACUGUCAGCUUUGCACGUUAUACCUCGCAGGAAAUAACAUCUCAGACAUUGGAGCACAGCACUUGGCUGAAGCCAUCAACAACAACAACUGUCAGCUACGCACGUUAGACCUCUCAGCAAAUAACAUCUCACACAUUGGAGCACAGCGCUUGGCUAAAGCCAUCAACAACAACAACUGUCAGCUACGCACGUUAAACUUCUCAGGAAAUAACAUCUCAGACAUUGGAGCACAGCACUUGGCUGAAGCCAUCAACAACAACAACUGUCAGUUACGCACGUUAGACCUCUCAGGAAAUAACAUCUCACACAUUGGAGCACAGCACUUGGCUAAAGCCAUCAACAACAACAACUGUCAGCUUUGCACGUUAUACCUCGCAGGAAAUUACAUCUCAGACACUGGAGCACAGCAUUUGGCUGAAGCCAUCAUCAACAACAACAACUGUCAACUACGCAAGUUAGACCUCAUAGUAAAUUCCAUCACAGAAGCAGGU